UCAGUUUGUCAAUUAGAUACUAGUGUUUUCCCGCUCACAAACGAGCUCCGCCUCAUUUAGCGUCCUCGAAGGUUAGACAGGGUUGGACAGCCCCUACACCCUCAUUGUUGCCUCAGAAACGUGAUGGACUUCAGUCUGUGUGCAUUGUAUGUAAUUAAGUGAUAGAAGAGUAAGUGAACAUAUCAGCAAUGGCAGGGCCUAAAGUGAAAUUGUACCCUGCUUGCGACUCUAACGUCUGGUUACGUUCUUGCCAGGAGGAAAUUGUGCAACCCAUCACUGGACACGUUACAGGUGACAUUCCUCGUUGGCUCCGAGGCACUCUGCUCCGAAACGGACCUGGAUCUCUUAAUGUAGGCUCGAUGCGUUUUGAGCAUUUAUUCGACAGCUCUGCGCUAUUACACAGAUUUGCAAUAGCUGAUGGUCAAGUAACGUAUAACUGUCGGUUUCUGAGUUCCAAUACGUUCAAGAAGAAUCGUGCAGCUAACCGUAUUGUUGUCACAGAGUUUGGGACUAAAGCAGUGCCUGAUCCAUGCCAUACAAUAUUUGACAGGAUGGCAGCAUUGUUCAACCCUGGAGAGUCAAUGUCUGAUAACGCGAUGAUAUCGGUAUACCCUUUUGGGGAUGAAAUAUAUGCUUUUACUGAAGGACCCGUAGUUCACAGAAUAGAUCACAUCACAUUGGAGACUAUGGAGAGGAAGGAUCUCUACAAAAGCAUAGCUCUGGUCAACCACACCUCACAUCCACACGUGAUGCCAAAUGGUGAUGUUUACAACUUGGGAAUGUCUGUAGUGAAGGGACGACUGCGUCACGUUUUAGUAAAGUUUCCUUUUCUGGAGAAAGGUGAUAUGUUCGCGGCGGCAGAGAUUGUUGGUUCCAUGAAACCACGAUGGUGUCUGUACCCGUCUUACAUGCAUACAUUUGGUAUAACAGAUAAUUACUUCGUAAUAGUAGAACAACCAAUGACAAUAUCACUUAAUAAAAUGGUUCGGAACCAACUGAGGAACAAGCCGCUGGUGUCAAGUUUGAAAUGGUUUGACGAUUGUGAGACACACAUAGUGCUGGUAUGCCGCAACACGGGUAAGGAAGUCAAACGGUAUAUGACUGAAACGCUAUUCUACUUACACAUAAUCAACUGUUUUGAACACAAAGGAAAAUUAUUUGUUGAUCUUUGUGCAUAUAAGGAUGCGAAGACUUUGGAUGCCAUGUUUGUUGAGGCUAUUGAGAACAUGCAAUACAACGCCGACUACGCGGAGUGGUUUCGUGGAAGACCAAAGAGAUUGGAGAUGGAUUUAUCCUCAAAUCUAUCCAAAGUAGAGCCUAAAGUCUUGGUUGACAUUGGUUGUGAAACGCCAAGGAUUCAUUACGAUUUGCACAAUGGUAAAUUUUAUAGAUAUUUUUAUGCGAUCAGUUCAGAUGUUGAUACUGAGCAUCCAGGGUCGUUAAUAAAAGUGAAUACAAUCACUGGAGAAGCAAUUACUUGGUGGGAAACACAUUGUUAUCCUAGUGAGCCUAUAUUCAUUCCUCGUCCCAACGCUAAGCAAGAAGAUGAUGGUGUACUAGUCAGCGCUCUAGUGUUCAGCGAGGAAGAACGCCAGGUGGCUCUUCUAGUCCUGGAUGCGAAAAACAUGACGGAGAUAGCACGAGCUACCUUCAUCACUCCGUCGCCAGCGCCAAAGUGUCUACAUGGAUGGUUUCUACCUGACAAGAGAUAGAAAAAUUAUUAUAAAUAUUAAGUACCCAGUAUACAGAAAUCUUAAAAUUUUCUAUGUCUACAUAGACGUAUUAAUUUAAUAACGUAAUAAAU